AUGCCGGGCCGCCCCAACCCGCCACCGUUGCCCGCCUGUGGUUAUGUGGUCAAUGCAACCAAGAAAGGUGGCCUGCCUAUCAAGGUGGAGUCGCGAGCCAAGGGCAAGAAGGUGACGAUCAUCUCCGGUGUUCAAGGUGAUGCACAGUCUCUCGUGUCGGCACUUGGCAGCUUACUGGGCUGUGGCGGAAGCGUUUGCCAUGCUGCGGGUCAAACGCAGGUGCUGGUUCAAGGAGACCAGACCGAACGCAUCAGCGGUUCCUUGGAGCAGCUUGGGUGCCUCCGGGGAAUGGCAAAAGCACUUCAGAAGAAGAAAUCUGCUGAGGUCAUGGCAACGCGCUUGUGUGCCUAUGACAAGUUCCUCCGACAAGGAGAUGACAAGCAAAGCUUGGCCCAGAAACUGCAGCAUGAAGCACAUGCCCCUCAGACUCUUCCCGGUGCAGAGUGUUUCCGAUGGCAUGGUCCGUGGGUCUACUGCCGCGGCUGCUGCGAGCAAACAGAUCUGAGUGAUGUGUGGGAGGAGCGUCUGGAUGGCACGAUGGCGAUGGAGUCUCUCGCCAGCAAUCAUACCCUCGACAUGCCUGUGGUUUGGACGACGGCGGCUGGACUUGACGCCGUCCUUCGCAAGUUGGGGAUGGUUGCCGAAGUAGGGGAGGCCGCGCAGACUUGGGGUUUGCUGUCGUCCAACGCCAGCGAAGCGUGGAAAGGCCUCACGCUGGCGGAGUACCGGCGCAAAGCAGUGGCUCCCGGGGCCAGGCUGCUGGAACACCCGGCUAUGCCUUCUGGCAGGGCCAAGCCGUCAGGUGCUCCCAGUGUGAGAGCACAAAGAGCAGCCGAGAAGAUACGACUGCGACCGGCAAGACCGAUGAAACCUGCGCAGGAGCAAGGCCGCUUUGCCUGCCCCACAUGUGGCCACAACUUUAGCUUGCGCUUGACUCUGAAGCAGCAUAUGAUGUUGUCCCAUGGUGAGAAAUUGGUGGGGCCUGUCCCGAACCUCUUGAACGUCAAGGAGCAGCCAGCCCGACCGAGGGUGCCAGCGCCUCCUCGACCGCAAAUCCCGCCAAAGCCAGCGACCGCCCAUUCCAGCGCUGCAAAUAAAGCUCCGCCAGUGAAGGGCCCAUGCCCACCCUCUGGACGCGGCGCGGCACAGGAACGAGAAGACAGCCAGAGAGCCAUGGAGUUGACACCAUCUGAGCAGUGUCAGCUGGAGGAGGAGCUAGAAUCGCACAGAGAGUGCCCCAUAUGUAAAAACUAUGUUGUUGGCGAGUCCUUGCAUGAGCACGUGGACAAGUGCUUGUCCACUCUGCAGGCUGUCGCCGGAUCAUACGCCUGGACAGAGUGUCCCAUUUGCGCUGAGCGCGUUCACCCAGAUCUCCUACAGUCGCAUGUGGAGCGCUGUCUCGCGAAUGCCGAAGGGCAGUCCGACACUGACAGUGACUCCGACAGCAUCUGUGCGGACCAAGAUGCAGACGCAAGCGUGUGGAACACUUGCCCUCUCUGUGAAGAGAGUUUCCACCAGGACGUGAUUGCCGCCCACGUCGAGAGCUGCAUCGCUGCUUACCAGGCAGCGGAGAGCCAGGAAAACUGCGCGACCGAGGAAGGCUCACCGCCCGUGGGCCAUGAAGAGCCGCUACUGCUGAGAGGUCUGCCGGUCUGCGGUGUGGUGCGAGACUACGACCCACGAGGGGAGCACCAGAUGGAGAUGGUAGCAGGGGAGGAGUUCGCCCUAGAAUGGGAGCAGCCAUCCGAGGAGGGCGGAUACUGGGCCUGGGGUUGGCGCCUUUUCCAUGGAGAUGAUGGCUACACACCGCUGGAGUGCGGAUAUAUUCCGCUGUCGCACAUCAAGACCAAGUUUGGCAUCAAGCAGCCCAUGCUUGCGGCUCCGCCGAAGGUGAGCCCGGCUGUGGAGAGCGCUUCUCCACGGCCCUUAGCCUCAAUGUGCGACGUGGAACAAGCUGUGGUUGUCACUUCUUCCGAAGGCGACGCACUGCCCGGGAAGAUGCCCGCAUCCAAAGACGAGCUUGAGAUUGAUGGCCUACCCGUCUGUGUGGUGGUGCGCCCGUGCCGGCCGAAGGGGCCCCACCAGCUCGAGCUUUCGGAGGGAGAUGAGUUCGCGCUAGAGUGGGAGCAGCCAAGAGAGGAGGGAGGCUACUGGGCUUGGGGCUGCCCUCUGCCAGCGAAGGCAGGAUGCCACAGGCCAUUGUCUGCUGGCUACGUGCCACGGUCACACCUUGUCCUGAAGUCGGCGAGAGAAGCCGCAGCUGCCUGUGCUCCACUGCCGGCACAACCACCCGAGCCAGAAGUUCAGAUCUUUCAAAAGCCCGUGGAGGCCGUGCAGCCUGAGCCGGAGGCAAAGCAGCGAAGACGCUGGGGGCGUGCGCAGGCUUCUUGA